AUGCUUAAAACAAUCUUGAGCACGAUUGUGACUUUCGCGGUAGUAUGCACCGCACUUCCAGCCAAAAAUCAGAUUAGAGCGCCUAGUGAUAAAGGCUACUUCUAUCCUAUUUGGUUAGGCAAUGCCAGUUUCACAGACUUGGACUCUCGCAGAACCGAUGAUGCUUGGAUAAGAAAGGAUCUCGAGUUCCCCCUGCGGAUUUACGGUAAAACGACUUCGGUGGUCUGGGUUUCAAUGAACGGCAUUCUUUUGCUAGAGGAGCCUAAAAGCGACACCCUAACAGUUCCACCCAGCUGCAACUCAGCUAGUCUUUGUCCGUUAAAUAAUGCUAUCAUUGCAUACGGGUCAGACUUAGUUAUGAAGGCGAGAACAUCCGGACUAUGGGUUCGAUGGGCCUACCAUAUUCCAGCCCCUAAUUACGACGACCCCCACCACCAUGUGAUGUGGUAUGUCUGCGACAAAUCCGCACCCCGGGGCCCUUUCAGCGCCAUUGCGCCAUGCGCCAGUGCCACUCGCUACUUCAGUAUCACUUUUCAUAAAAAAAGCCCUGGAGUCAUCAUCUUAGAAUACUACAACUUCGAAGGCAAUGACUGGUCUAACGGCAUUAUCAGGCUACAAUCGUCCCCUAACCUCGCUACCUUCCCACCCAGCAGAGUACCGCAGAAUGCGGAUAAUAAAGGACACACGUGCAUCAUUUUUGAUACCAAUAGGAAUACGUAUCAAAUAUCAAAGGAUCCGAAGGAGUGUACGCUCAAACGAUGA